AUGCUCACCCUCGUCGUCUUUGUGGUCGCAGCCUUCCAGGCCGGUCUUUGUUCUCCUUGUGAUUGUGGUAUCCAACUCUCGAGCUGCGAACCCGCCCCUUGUUGCCAGCCCGCCCCCUGUUGCCAGCCCGCUCUCUGUUGCCAGCAAAGCUACCAAGUUGAGUCAGUCUCCCGCCCCGUCUGCAGAGAGAGGAUCAGCUGCCAGCCCGUGGUCAACCAGAAGGUCCGCUGCCAGGAAGAGUGCAUCACAAGGCAAGUCCCCGUCGUCCAGAACCACGUCAGCACCCAGGAGGAAUGCGUCACCAGACACGUCCCCGUCGUGCAGAAGUUCUGCCGCCCCGUCGUUGAGGUCAGGACCCGCCACGUCCCAGUCUGCAAGCACCGCUGCCGCACCUACAUCGAGCCCUACACCGUCCACGUGCCCGUCCAAGAGAAGUGUGUCCGCUGCGUCGAGGAGUCCAAGACCUCCCACGUGCCAGUCACCGAGCGCCGNCACAUCUAA